AUCAUCAUCAGGUGCUGGGGGGGUAUCGACGCCCGUAUAAAUCAACCCCACCUUCUCUCCAACGCCACUCCAUCGUCCCUUCACUCCAUCUCCAACCAUUGUGCAUCAUCUGAAUACCAACUCUUCCAUCAAGCCCUAUCUCGUUACCCCUCCAACCCAAUUGACGCCCCCUCGGAUACACCACCCUUAACUCCGCACCCCGCUUCUCACCCCUCUUCUCACCACCACAAUGUCCGACCCAUACAACCAGUACGGCGGCCAGUACAAUCAGUACCCGAACCAGUACGGCUCGCCCGCGCCCAGCCAGUACGGCCAGGGCUAUCCUCCGCCUGAUCAAUCGCAACAGCAAGGCGGAUACGGGCAGUCGCCAAAUCCCUAUGCUAGCAGCCACUCGCCCGUCCCGCCCGGGCCGCCACAACAGACAUACAAUCCUCAGGGCCAGGGAUAUCCAGACCAGUAUGGGUCGCCGCAGCAGCAGGGCUACGGACCGCCAGCCCAAGGCGGCUUCCAGCACAGCCAGAGCCAUAGCCCUGCACCAUACCAGGAUCCCUACCAGCAGCAGAACCAAGGCUAUCAACAAUACCCGGGCGCUCAGGCCGCCAACCAAUUCCCACAGCAGGGCGGGUACCAAAACAGCCAGGCGCCAUACGACGCCAAUAACCCGAACCAAUACGGCCAAGCCCAUCAAGCCGGCGCAUACGGCUCCACAGACCCCGGCGCGCAGCAGGAGGGUGAUCGCGGACUGAUGGGUGCUCUCGGCGGCGGUGCGGCAGGCUACUUCGGCGGUAAUAAAAUGGGCGGCCAUGGCAUCAUUGGAGCGCUCGCUGGUGCCGUUUUGGGUAGCAAGUUGGAGGACAAGCACAAGAAGCCCAAGAACAACGGUGGAUACUAGUGACGCAAACCCGCACCAAAGUGCCCACCAGAGAUGCUAUUUCCUUCACUGUCAUCUGAUUUCUGGCGUUUCGGCAUG